UUUGAAGUGAGAGAGGUUGGUGCUUUUCUUCUUUGUAAUUGGACACGAGUGCCUGUCAGUUUCCUGACGUCUACACUCGAUUUCGUGAUUGGUCCCGCCCAGGCGCGAAAUGUAACGCGGGAAAGUCUUGGGUUUGGUGGUGAUGAGAGUUGUGGUUGCCGUUAGUGAGAAGCCCCGUGUGGAAAGAGGCCGCGACCAAUUCGGGAGUAGGAGUGAAAUUAUCUGCAGCCGCUGCCUCUGAGACGGAUCUUUUCUGCUUCGCUGUCAUGCAUACCUAAAGUGUUCCCUUUGGGUACCAAAGAAGACCCAAAAGCGGCGGCGGCGGCAGCUGGGCACCGGAGCGAAUUGUAGACAGGACGAGUUCUGGCGCAGGAUGUCUGAACGACCGGGCCCUCCGCCCGUUAUCAUGUGCUCGGGAGAUUCCCCGAAGCGCGUCUUGGUCUCUGUCAUCAAAACCACCCCUGUCAAGCUACCCCGCGCUGGCAGCGACGACCCCGCUCGUGCCCCGCCGCCGCCACCCAUCCCCACCAGCCCGGGCUUUAGCGACUUCAUGGUCUACCCGUGGCGUUGGGGAGAGAACGCGCAUAACGUUACCCUCAGCCCUCCCCCAUCCACGGCUCAGCCUCUCCGCGACGGAGGGGGCGGAGGAGGGGGGAACUGCAGCGGUAUCCGAGGUGCAGUUAGACGCUCGGGCGGAGAGGACGAAGAAGCGGGCAGCCCGGACAGCGGCAUCGGGAGCAGCGGGCAUUUGAGAGAUGGGAUUAGAAGAGGCCGGCCAAGAGCAGACACAGUCCGAGAUCUAAUAAGUGAGGGAGAGCAUUCUUCUAGCAGGAUUCGCUGUACUGUUUGCAACAGAGUCUUCCCACGAGAAAAAUCUUUACAGGCCCACAGAAGAACUCACACUGGUGAAAGGCCUUAUUUGUGUGAUUAUCCAGAGUGUGGGAAAGCUUUUGUUCAGAGUGGGCAACUUAAAACGCACCAACGUCUCCAUACAGGAGAAAAACCUUUUGUCUGUGCGGAAAUUGGAUGUGUAAGCAGAUUCACACAUGCAAACCGUCAUUGUCCCAAGCAUCCAUAUGCAAAGCUGAGGAGAGAAGAACCAACAGACAGACUGAAUAAAAAUCAAACUGCAGACAACAAAGCUGUUGCUGAAUGGCUGGCAAAGUACUGGGAGAUGAGAGAACAGCGCACUCCAACACUGAAAAGCAAAACUGCUCAUAAGCCUGACCAGGAGCAGCAAGAUCCCAUGGAAUAUCUUCAGUCUGAAGAUGAGGAGGAAAAAAAUAUCGCUCACUCAGUCCCUUGUAGCCGCCUGCAAGAACAGCGUGAACGCUUGCAUGGUGCACUGGCACUCAUUGAGCUUGCAAACUUGGCUGGAGCUCCAUUACGACAGUAAUAGAACAACUGGACCUGCUGAUAAAUAAAAAGUACUGCAUUCAGUACUUAAAACCAGUUAGUUCCUGGGCAUAAGCUAAGCACCUUAUUUGCUUCCAUAGGCUGCUAUUCUGUAGAAUUUAUGAAGAAUGUUGUUGCCCCAGAAAAUGGGGUAAGAGAAUUGCACUUUUUUUGUACGGUAAAGUCAGAUGUAAAGCUUUUAAAAGUAUUUUGUAAAUAGGAGACUGUAUAAUGCAGAGUGGGAAAUGCUCAUGUUAUGGAAAGCUAGAUUUGCAAGGUUAGGGAUUUGUUCUUAAUCACAAUUACAUGGAAGUAAGUCACUGCAAUCAGUGGGACUUGCCACACAUAUAAAAGUGUAAAAUCAG